GAAGGGUUGGGUCUGUGCCUGAGAAGCAGCAGCCGAACGCCAGCGCUGGGAGGACGCGGCGCGGACGUGGGGUCCCCGGCCAGCUAACUCUGCAGGACCUGCACCUCAGGGCCGGGGGGGCUGGAUGCAGUGAGAGAGCCUCUCACGGGAAACUUGUGGUGACGUGGCUGCCAAGACGUGGAAGCGUGGGACUUCUCUUCCACCGCACCAGAAUUUGGGGGGUGGGCAGGGGUGGGCCAGGGGGACACCAGGAGUCACAAGACCCUUCCCCUUCACUGUGGGCUUGGCUCAGGGAUGACUGCAGGCAGGGUCAACCCUUACAGCAUAGUGUCCUCCGAGGAAGACGGACUGAGGUUGACCACCAUGCCAGGGAUUAACGGCUUUGGCAAUGGGAAAAUCCACACCAGGAGGAAAUGCAGGAACAGGUUUGUAAAGAAGAACGGUCAGUGCAACGUGGAGUUCACGAACAUGGAUGACAAGCCACAGAGGUACAUUGCAGACAUGUUCACCACGUGUGUUGACAUCCGUUGGAGGUAUAUGCUCUUGCUCUUCUCCCUGGCAUUUCUGGUAUCCUGGUUAUUAUUUGGGCUGAUUUUCUGGCUAAUUGCACUCAUUCAUGGAGAUCUAGAAAACCCAGGUGGAGAUGAUACCUUCAAGCCUUGCGUUCUGCAGGUCAAUGGCUUUGUGGCUGCUUUUCUGUUCUCCAUCGAGACCCAAACGACUAUUGGUUAUGGCUUCCGCUGUGUGACAGAGGAGUGCCCGCUCGCAGUCUUCAUGGUGGUGGUUCAGUCCAUCGUGGGGUGUAUAAUCGACUCUUUCAUGAUUGGUGCAAUAAUGGCAAAGAUGGCCAGGCCCAAAAAAAGGGCCCAGACGUUACUUUUCAGCCAUAAUGCAGUUGUGGCAAUGAGAGAUGGGAAACUCUGCCUGAUGUGGAGAGUCGGGAAUCUCCGGAAAAGCCACAUAGUAGAAGCCCACGUACGAGCUCAAUUAAUUAAGCCCAGAAUCACAGAAGAAGGGGAGUACAUCCCACUCGACCAAAUAGACAUCGACGUGGGGUUUGAUAAAGGUUUGGACCGUAUCUUCUUGGUGUCCCCCAUUACCAUUCUCCACGAGAUCAACGAAGACAGCCCGCUGUUCGGGAUCAGCCGCCAGGACUUGGAGACGGACGACUUUGAGAUUGUGGUCAUCCUCGAAGGCAUGGUAGAAGCCACCGCGAUGACGACACAAGCUCGGAGCUCCUACCUGGCCAGCGAGAUCCUGUGGGGCCACCGCUUCGAGCCUGUCUUGUUUGAGGAGAAAAACCAAUACAAAGUAGACUAUUCCCACUUCCACAAAACAUACGAGGUCCCGUCCACGCCCCGCUGCAGCGCCAAGGACUUGGUGGAGAACAAAUUCCUGCUGCCCAGCACCAACUCCUUCUGCUACGAGAACGAGCUGGCCUUCAUGAGCCGCGAUGAGGAUGAGGAGGAUGAUGACAGCAGGGGUUUGGACGACCUGAGCCCAGACAACAGGCAUGAGUUUGACCGGCUUCAAGCAACGAUAGCAUUGGAUCAGAGGUCAUACCGGAGGGAGUCAGAAAUAUGACUCUUGGUCCUCUCAUUGACUUUUCCGAGGGUAUUUUUUUUCCUCUUCUAAUCUCUUCCCCUACAACCCGCUCAAAUUAUGCAGAACAAUGCAAGUGCCAUAGGAAUGCUUGAGAAAUUAGUCUUGUUCCUAGUUUUCAGUUUCAUCGCAAUAACCACUGAGCGGUCUGCAGGAGGGGACGGGGCAGGCACAGCGCUCCCCACACCCUGGGAGGACGGGGGGGUCCCGGGGCACGUGUGUCCCGUACUGGCUGUAGGGCUGGGCUCUCCCCAUGGGGAAAGCGCGAGCGUCUUCUUGGAGCCGAGAUCCAAAUAGAGGAAA